GCGCAUGCGCAGUACAGUAAAGGCCUUAGGAUUUCUGCUCUAGGUUAACAACAGCAAGGAAUUUAUCUGUGUGAAUCUUGAACACUGUUUUGCUGUCCCUGUCCAUGUAUUUGAAAAGUGGAGCGAGGGAUUCACUGGAUCAUCUUUCCUGCUCAGACUGUGGGGAGGGAUUCCCUCAAUCAUCUGACUGGCACAACUGUCAUUUUGGACAUGGGAGAGGCUGUUCACCUUUUCAAACUGUGGGGAUUUAAUGUCUUCUCAUGAAGGUACAUCAGCAAGUUCACACUGGGACAAGUCCAUUCACCUGUACUGUGGGUGAGAAGAGAUUCAGUCAGUCAUCCCACCUGUGGACACACCAGCGAGUUCACACUGGGCAGAGGGUGGUCAUCUGUUGAACUUGUGGGGAAGGAUUCACUCAGUUAUGUGACCUAAUGACACACCAGCGAGUUCACUGCAGGGAGCGGCCAUUCACCUGCUCAGAUUGUGGGAAGGGAUUCAUUUCCUCAUCUCAACUGAAGGGACAUUAUCGAAUUCACACUGGAGAGAGGCCGUUCACCUGCUCAGACUGUGGGAAGGGAUUCAUUUGGUCAUCCCAACUGAAGGUACAUCAGAGAGUUCACACUGGGGAGAGGCCAUUCAUCUGUUCAGUUUGUGAUAAGGGAUUCAUUUUGUCAUCUCACCUACUGAGACACCAGUCAGUUCACACUGGAGUGUGGCCAUUCACCUGCUCGGUCUGUGGAAAAGGAUUCAGUUCGUCCUGUCACCUACAGAAACACCAGUCAGUUCACACUGGAGAGAGGCCAUUCGCCUGCUCAGACUGUGGGAAGAGAUUCACUCGAUCAUCUGAACUGAAGGUACAUCAGCAAGUUCACACCCGGGAGAGGCCGUUCACCUGCUCAGUCUGUGGGAAGGGAUUCACUUUGUCAUCUCAGCUACUGAGACACCAGUCACUUCACACCAGGGAGUGGCCAUUCAUCUGCUCAGUCUGUGGGAAGGGAUUCAUUGAAUCAUCCUCCCUACAGGGACACCAGUCAGUUCACACUGGGAAAUGGCGGUUCACCUGCUCAGACUGUGCGAAGGGAUUCAAUCGGUUAUCUCACCUACUGAGACACCAGACUGUUCACAGUGGGGAGAGGCCGUUCACCUGCUCAGAGUGUGGGAAAGGAUUCAGUCAGUAUUCCAAUCUACAAGCACACUGGUCUGUUCACACUGGAGAACGGGCGUUCACCUGCUCAGACUGUGGGAAAGGAUUCACUUCAUCAUCUAAACUGAAGGUACAUCAGCGAGUUCACACAGGGGAGAGGCCAUUCACCUGCUCAAACUGCGGGAAGGGAUUCACACAGUUAGCUAGCCUACAAGUACACCAGUCAGUUCACACUGGAGAGAGGCCGUUCACCUGCUCAGAGUGUGGGAAGGGAUUCACUCUGUCAUCUCAACUGAAGGUACAUCAGCGAGUUCACACCGGAGAGUGGCCGUUCACCUGCUCAGACUGUGGGAAAGGAUUCCCUCAGUCAUCCCAACUGAAGGUACAUCAGAGAAUUCACACCGGAGAGAGACCAUUCACCUGUUCAGAGUGUGGGAAAAGAUUCACUUUGUCAUCUCAACUGAAGGUACAUCAGCGAGUUCACACCGGAGAGAGGCCGUUCACUUGUUCAGACUGUGGAAAGGGAUUCACUGAAUCAUCUCAACUGAAGGUACAUCAGCGAGUUCACACUGGAGAGAGGCCAUUCACUUGUUCAGACUGUGGGAAGGGAUUCUCUCUGUCAUCUCGUCUACUGACACACCAGUCAGUUCACACCGGGGAGAGGCCGUUCACCUGCUCAGUGUGUGGGAAGGGAUUCACCCGGUCUACCGACCUACAGAGACACCAGCGAGUUCACACUGGGUAGAGGCUGAUCACCUGCUGUGAUUGUGGGAACCGAAUCACUGAGUCACCUAAACUUGUGUAACUCUCGCUUUGGCUAGCAGCUUGAUAUAGAGGGUGAUAGCCCAACAGGCUGGCCAAACUUGUGCAAUCUCGUUUGGGUGGAUGCUGUGUGAUGUAUCCCCUGUUACAAAUCCGUUCCCUGAAAUAACAAACAGUACACAAUAAGUGAUUAAACAAUUGAUCUUUAGUAUUCUUACUUUGACUAUCGGGUUGAGAAAAUAAAGAAACAUAAAUGGCCCACUCUCUCCAUUCGCGCCUUCGUAUCUCUCCCAAGAAAAAGUGCAUGAAAAUCUCUCUUUCAGACUCACAAGAAAGAACAUUUCUGUCAUUGGAUAGCCCUGCACUCCAAAAUGCUGUUAUCGUAACCUAAACAUUGCUGCUACAGAGAUACCAUUACCUCAGCAGUGCAACAUCGCAGAGAGGCCAGUACAUGAGCAGUGAAACCUCACAGCAUGUUGCACAUAUGACACUCUCCCGGGUUUACACUGAGGAGAAAGUUUCAAUAAGCUUCAUGCUGGAUAUUUGUCCAUCACGGUUGCUGAAUGCAAUUUCGAGAGUGACUGUCGGUGCUGAACUCUGCAAUUAUUGCUGCUGCUCAUCACACCCAGUUCUGCACCCUGGUUACUGGGCAUGGGAGGAGUUUCUUCUGCUGCAUAUUCACCUUUAAUAGUACUGGAGUUUGAUAUUCUGCAGAAGUGACAAAUAAUUCUAUUUUGAACUUUGUCUUUGGUACUUAAUGAAUUUAUAAAACACCUAGUGUACAGUAGAGAGUCAACUCAGGCCAGCUGAACCCUGCCAGUGAUUCUGUUCCAUGACAGGCCUUUUAAAUCCUCCCCUUUUGUUCACUUCUUGCUCUCCCUGUGGUGUUGGAUUCCAAACAGUCACCACUGUCUGGGUGAAGAGGUUUCCCUUGAAUUCUCUGCAGACUGAAGAAGUCGAGCUGACUGCAGUUCUGUCUGAGAUGUCCUUUGCCCCUCUAAACUCUAGGCUGAGGAAGAAUGCAUUGGCAGUUAACCCCCUUAUUCAGGGCUCAUUUCCAUAUUAUGGGUCAUUUUCCCUGCUUCUAAAGGAUUUUUAGAAAACACCACUCUCCUCUAAAAACUGAAACCAUUAGUUGGGUGUUCAACAGAUCAGGGUCAGAAACCAGAGAUGUGUCUGCACAAGGCAGAGUUUGGGGCUCUGGUCAUUGGUCGGGGUAAGAACGUAUGAUGAGAUGGGAAUCAUUAGUGGGACAUGGCAAUGAAUGACAGACUAGUAAUAUUUGGAUGCUAAUUGGCAGAGAAAAUAAUUCACUUGUUUGACUGAUGACACAAAUAAUUCCUGUAGUGAGAUGCCCCAUUGGUCGAGGCACAUGUGUGUGUUGAGAAUAGUUAUAUCCAUUGAUGGAGUUGUUCCUGCUUGUCUAUCCUGAAAUAUUACAUGAUACUAAGGUAGGAGGUGUUGUAGAUAAUGAGGUGGGUUUUCAAAGCUUGUAGGGAGAUUUAUGCCGGUUAGUAGAAUGGGCUGAAUGUUGGCAGAUGGAGUUUAAUGCUGAAAAGUGUGAGGUUCUACAUUUUGGCAGGAAUAAUCCAAAUAGAACAUAUAGGGUAAAUGGUAGGGCAUUGAGGAAUGCAGUGGAACAGAGAGAUCUAGGAAUAACAGUGCAUAGUUCCCUGAAGGUGGAGUCUCAUGAAGAUAGGGUGGUGAAGAAGCCUUUUGGAAUGCUGGCCUUUAUAAAUCAGAACAUUGAGUACAGAAGUUGGGAUGUAAUGUUAAAAUUGUACAAGGCAUUGGUAAAGUCAAAUUUGGAAUAUUGUGUACAGUUCUAGUCACCGAAUUAUAGGGAAGAUAUCAAUAAAUUAGAGAGAGUGCAGAGACGAUUUACUAGGAUGUUACCUGGGUUUCAGUACUUAAGUUACAGAGAAAGGUUGAACAAGUUAGGUCUCUAUUCAUUGGAGCAUAGAAGGUUGAGGGGGGAUUUGAUCGAUGUAUUUAAAAUUUUGAGAGAGAUAGAUAGAGUUGACGUGAAUAGGCUGUUUCCAUUGAGAGUAGGGGAGAUUCAAAUGAGAAGACAUGAUUUGAGAGUUAGGGGGCAAAAGUUUAAGGGAAACACAAGGGGGUAUUUAUUUACUCAGAGGGUGAUAGCUGUGUGGAAUGAGCUUCCUGUAGAAAUAGUAGAGGCCAGUUCAGUUGUGUCACUUAAGGUAAAAUUGGAUAGGUAUAUGGACAAGAAAUGAGUGGAGGGUUAUGGGCUGAGUGCGGGUAGGUGGGACUAGGUGAGAUUAAGAGUUUGGCUCAGACUUGGAAGGCCGAGAUGGCCUGUUUCCGUACUGUGAUUGUUAUAUGGUUAUUACAUCUGGAUGUUUAUUUUAGAUUAUCCUAUCUGCAAUGAUGUAUUGAUUAUCAUAUAAAUUGUGUGAUUCUGUCUCUAACUGGAUCAGCCUUGAAUUUAUGGUGCCUUAAUGAAGUUACUGUGAUCAUUCAUGAGUUUGUAUUUUAAAGCAAGAUUUUGGUGAAUGAUAUUUGCCAUUGAUUGUACCAGCAUAAGUAAUCAGAUUGAGUUAAACUGCUGCAGGAUCCCAGAAUGUGUUGGAUUGUGUCUGGUUUCUCUUUGCAUUUCCUGCAUGUAUUGCCUUGAUUGUUUGUAUUGUAUGUAUUUUUGAUUUGUCUUUAUUUUUGUUAAUCAUCUUGUCAUGUAUUUCUGCAAGGAACCCCUCUAUUUCUGGGAAGAGGUCUCCAACUCUCAGUUAGGUGCUCGAUGCUUCCUUGUCACCAUUUCGUCAGUUCAGAUCAUUGGGAUGUCUCCCAUGGAGGGUCAUACUCAUUCCAGUAGUUAAUGUUUUCUUCCAGAAUGGUGAUUCAUUUUUCUCAGUUAUCGUCUCAUUUAAGUUUUCUGUUCUGUAUUUCUUAUCACAAUUGCAUUUACACACAUGGAGCGUUCAAUAAUGUUUAUUUUUGAUAACAAAAUAUAUACUUAGAAAUUG